AUGACCACCCCGAGUUCUCUGCCGCCCAAACCAACUCGACGUGUUCUAAUCUUGCUACAUACCCUUCCGCGUCGUUCAACUGACCGAGGAACCGCUCACCUCUCGGCUAAAACAUCAAACGCCGACUUGUUUUCAAAUUGUGUCGUAUGCCACUAUCGUAGCUUGAGAAUUGUUUUUGCUUUGUCGUCCUCGGUACUGGUGAUAACGUUCGUGUUUGGUUUGUGUGGCGACACUCAUGGCGAGAAUGCGACUUUCCAGAAGUGCCCAGAACAUGCCGAAAUGUGCCAAGGACUUGAGAUGAAAAGAUAA